AGAAGAGAUGCUCAACCACAGCCUGAGGAAAUUGAGGGAGCAGAUUAUGAAGGCCAAUUUGUAUGUUAGAGAAGCCAGCUUCAUUGCAGAAGAGAUGGACAAAAGGACUGAAUACAAGGUCACCCUCCAAAUCCCAGCCUCAAGCCUUAAUGCAAACAAAAAGCGGGGUGCAGUGCUUAGUGAGCCAGCCAUUCAGGUGAGACGAAAAGGGAAAGGCAAACAAAUCUGGUCCCUGGACAAAAUGGAGAACCGGUUGCUAGAUAUGCGAGACCUCUAUCAAGAAUGGAAAGACUGCGAGGAAGACAACCUGGUUAUGAGGUCUUAUUUUCGGCGAGCAGAUCCCUUUUAUGAUGAGCAAAAGAACCACAGCCUCAUUGGAGUCGCCAAUGUCUUCCUGGAGUGUCUCUUUUAUGAUGUGAAGCUGCAGUAUGCCGUGCCCAUCAUCAAUCAGAAAGGAGAGGUGGAGUGAGGUCACCCGCAAAGUGGAGCUAUGGGUUCAGAUUCUGGAACUCAAUGAGAAUGGAGAAUACUGUCCAGUAGAAGUAAUUCCAGCAAAGGAUGUACAUACAGGUGGCAUUUUUCAACUCAAGCAGGGACAGUCACACCGAAUCCAAGUGGAAGUGAAAUCUGUGCAAGAANGGGGGGGUGCCUAU